AUGCUCGACUUCAUGGAGUAUAUCCAGCUCGGAUUCGCCGAGGCCACCAACUGGAACCGCGACAAUUCAUAUUCGUCGCUGACGGCCACAGCACAGUCUCUCCUGGAUUUCAAGACCCCCGAGCGACUGCGCGUCCACCUAUCAUCCCUAUCCACCCCCCAUUUCGCAACCAGCUACACCCUCGGCACAGUCGGUCUGAUCGAUGGCUCGGUCUCCUAUCUCUACAGUACCGUUCCCUUCGACCACACGCCCAGCCGAAGCGCCUUGAUCCCCCUCCGCAAGCUCGCCCCGGGGUACCGACAGGUCCAGCCGCCCGUCGCCCCCAUCGAGAACUGGGGAUGGGACUCCACGCUCAACCAUGAGACGACCCCUCUCGCGCAAAAGGCCACCCUCCUCCACGCCACCAUGCACAUGCCUCCGCCCACCACCCUCAACGCGCUCUUCCUCCGCCGCAUCUCCCCCACCAUGCAGCUCACCCUCGCCGUGUGCUCGACCCGCGGUCCGCCCCUGUCCAAGUCCGCCCCCCAGGCCUCGCUGCUCACCCAGCUCUCCCACGACACGGGCAAGUACAGCAACGAGUACCUCUUCAGCACGGAUAAUGCGCUCUUCGGCUGGCGCGGGCUGUGGAACUUCGGCCCCGACCCGCGCAACCCGGCCGACGACGCCGCGCCGCGCUUGUCGCUCCUCUCCGCCGGCGCCGAGGCCUACUAUUCCCCCGUCUCGUCGCUGGUGGGCAUGUCCACCGGGCUCCGCUUCAGUACUCUACCCGCGGCCACGGACGCGUCUUCCGCGCCAUCGUCAUCGUCAUCCCCGUCGUCGGCGACUCCUACCCAGAUCUCCACCUUCCCCUACACCCUCACCCUGACCCUGACCCCGAUGACGGGCUCCCUCUCCACGACGUACUCCCUGCGCGCUUCGCCAAAUCUCUCCUUCAGCUCGCGGUUUGGGUUCAAUGUUUACAGCUGGGAGAGCGAGAUGGUCGCGGGCUGUGAGUUGUGGCGGCAGUCGCGCAAACGCGUGCCAGCGGAGGAGGAGGACGACGGCCUCGAAUGGGCCCGUCGUAAGCUGCGCAUGAUGGAUGAUGCUGCCGUGCCUCUCCCACCGACAAGCAGUGUCCCCGCUGAACCCGAGCAAGACGAGACUACGGAGUCGGUGCUGAAGAUCCGUGUCGACCAGUCGUGGAAUGUGCGGCUCCUCUGGGAAGGUCGGGUCAAGGAGCUGCUUGUCAGUGCGGGCGUGGGUCUGGGCCCGAGCUCGUUCUCGUCGUCGGCGUGGACGAAUUCCACCGCUGGCGGCGCUGGAGGGCAGGCUUCGGGCGGAGGCAAUGCUGGGACGUCGUAUUGGCGGGGAGUUGGUGUGUCGGUGUCUUAUUCUUCGUGA